UACAAUUUCGGUCUUUUUUUAGGUUCUUGUCAUACUGAACUAAUUUAUUUUGAUAUUCUUGCCUACAUUUAGGUUUAAUAAUGUUGAAGAACAACCCAACAUACCUUGUCCAAAGAGGCAUAUUCCAAUUACUAAAAUAGAGCAACGUAAAGAGGUGCAAUGAUUUGGAAGCUUAUGUGGGAAUUGUUUUCACAGUCAGAAUUGUCUAAUCAACACUUCAUUUUCUUGAAAGUUUACUCAACAGGUCCGCACCGUGAGAGUAGAGAAGCGCCUGAAUGAGAUAGUGAAUAGGUUGAACAAGACAAAAGUCGAAAGGAAGCCUGACUUGAAAGUUCACUGGGACUGAAUAGACCUCUUCUAAGUUCUCAACUUAUGGCUUCUGCAAGCUUCCUGGAAUAUGUCCUGUACUCUAUAUGGUGUUAUAAGCCACUCAUGUUAUGUGCUGUUUAUGCAGCUGAGCAGGAAGCAGUGAAUUACAAGGAUAUCAAUGAGGAAUUCCUACAAAGGGUUACGGAGAAUACCCGUCAAUAUCUGGCUGAGGUUUUGGCAAGAUCAGCGGCAUGGCUUGGAAGAGGCCUUUCUUGUGUUUGUGCUCAAAGAGGAGAGAAAGAUGCCAGUUCAUAAGGCCACAGCUGGUGAAGGGGAAUAUGCAGCUUUUUCCUGUGGAUCAGCAGCGUAGUCAAGCUCUUGAAGCACAUGCUGCAUCAUUUGCUUCACAAAAGGUUGCUGGAAAUGAAAACCCUUCCAUUCUUAUUGCCUUUGCCUCAAAGACCACCAAUGCAGGACAGAUUACAUCAAAGUUACAUGUGAUUGAAGUUGGUGCUCAGCCAGGUAAACCUGGUUUCACAAAUAAACAAGCGGAUCUUUUCUUCCCUCCAGAUUUUGCUGAUGACUUCCCAGUGGCAAUGCAGGUAAGAUUUCUGUUGUUGGCAAUGAAUACAAUGAGGAUAACAAACCCUCAUAACCUGACAGUCGAAUAUCAAAACAUCAAGCAGAAAGAGAAAUAGUACUCCCCCCCAGAAAGAAUCACCUCAAUUCAAGAGGAAGCAAGCCGCAUCUAUUACUAGAGCAGAAGAGGAUGGCAUACUUGUGGGGGAUGGUAUUGAUUAUGAGGUUCCUGGCAAAGGCCUAAACCGAAGUUCUAUUUUAGAAGACAUGGAAAGCCUAUUUUAAAGGAAGCGCUGAAAUUAGCCAAUACAUGUGGCUAGCCUGAAUCUCACUAGGGUCCAAGCAGUUGCGUUAAAUCAACAUGUGACAGUCUUCUUAAUAGGUCUUUUCAUCACUUGAUGGUCAUGGUAAGAGAACACCAUCUCACUUUUGAACUUUUCCUGCUACCUAUUUACCUUACAAGAAUUGUACUUUGCAUUAGGCAACAAACAGGCCAGAUUGGCCUGUGGGUUCGAGACCUGACCUGAAUGGGUUGGACUUGAGCCUAAUAUAGACCCACUCACAGGCGUAGCCCUAAUUUAAAAUGGGUGGCCUUAAGCGUAGGUUGGGUCAGUCUAUAGUUUAGCUAACUCCACCUACUUUUGAGGUGGGUUUCGACUAAACUAAUGGGAUAGUGGGUCAGGUUCAAGCUAGAAAUAUGUCCGUUUAAGUAAAUGGGUCAGGCUUGUGUUGAACCUUACCUGCUUGCAUAGGUUAGGUGAUUAAUGGGUUGAGCUAGAUGACUCGAGUUUACUCAACUCAA